UCAUUCUCCGACUCUUGGUUACCUGAGAGCGCAACAACUUUGAGGUGCUCUGGCCCUUUUCAAGUCUCAACUCUUUUUUUGUGUGUCUGUGUGAAAAGGACCCCCAUUUCCACGUGGAGCAGAGUCUCUCUCUCUCUUCGCCUACUCCUUCUCCGUGUGUCUACGUGAGUGGUGUGUAGUGUCUGCGCGCGUGCGCCGACUUUCCCCUCCGAUUCGCUGCACGUCCACCGUAGCGCUUCCGACAGUCGACAGUGAGUGCUUGUUGCGGCUACACCUGCCACUAUUUUUGCUUUGACUCGUUUGGCGAUUCCGGUUUUGAAAAAAAAAGAAACAAUUUCAAAGUUGUUUUUCUUGUGUCCUCGUUUAAGGUUCGGGUCCGACUUUUCAUUCCGCGUGGGCCACAUAACGUCGAAACCCGGUGGCCGGUUUUUCUGCUGCAAAGUGAAACGAAGUAGACAAAAGAAAUUCCAACAGUGAAAACCUAGAAACGUCAAAAAAAGUAGCGAUACAAUAUGGCGUCCCUUGUGGCUACCGUCGUUGACGGAUACAACACCAUAUGGGAUCUAAGAGACAGGAGAGUGGAGAACUGGCUCUUUAUGGGCUCGCCGCUGUCCACCUUGGCUAUUUGCUUGAGUUACGUCAUGCUCGUCAAAGUGUGGGGACCGGCCUACAUGAAAAACCGACCAGCCUUCCAGUUUCGCCGCACUUUGGUCAUUUACAACGCGAUUCAGGUCAUCUUCAGCACGUGGCUCUUUUACGAGUAUGGUAGAGGGGGCUGGUUCCACGGAUAUAGCUUUGUGUGUCAACCAGUUGACUAUUCCCUUGACGAUAUGGCCGUCAGGAUGGUCUACGCCUGUUGGUGGUAUUAUUUCUCCAAGUUCACCGAGUUCUUCGACACAAUUUUCUUCGUCUUGCGCAAGAAAGAUGAGCACGUUUCUCUGUUGCACGUCGUCCACCACGGCAUCAUGCCAAUGAGCGUCUGGUUCGGAGUUCGUUUCACGCCUGGCGGUCACUCAACCUUUUUCGGUUUGCUCAACACCUUCGUCCACAUCGUCAUGUACUUUUACUACAUGGUGGCCGCCAUGGGACCUCAAUACCAGAAAUUCAUUUGGUGGAAAAAAUACCUCACCGCAUUCCAGAUGGUUCAAUUCAUCGCCAUUGUGGUGCACGCUUUCCAACUGCUCUUCAUCGAUUGCAACUACCCCAAGGCCUUUGUCUGGUGGAUCGGCUGUCACGGCGUCCUCUUCUUCUGCCUCUUCUCCGAUUUUUACAAGCGCAGCUACAAGAACGCCAAGUCUCGCAUUGCCGCUGCUACCAAUGGAUUGAAAGCCAAUGGGCACAGUAACGGAUACUCUAAUGGCAGCACCAGCAAUGGGCACAGCAACGGCCACACCACUAACGGGCAUGCCAACGGCCACAGCAACGGUCACGCCAACGGCAAAACCCACGAAAAGAACGGACACUCCAACGGCCACUCGAACGGCUACACCAAUGGAGCUCUUCAUUCCAAGAAUGAAUAGAUAUCAUCACCCUCUUACCCUCUCUUGGAAGAGAGAAAAAAAAAAGCAAAAGCUGCUUCUCCUUCGUAUCUCUUAAUUGUUUUCUUUUCUCCGUUCUUCGUCGCAUUUUUUCCCCCCGCCCAAUCAACAACCUGGCUGUGAGAGAUGAUGUUCAUCUGUCAUUUGUUUUGUUUUGUUUAUUUUCUUCAUCUAUUUUUCCUUGUGCUCAAAAUGCUGAAUCAAUAAAACGAGGAACGAAAGAAACGAAAGAAGAAACCUUAAAAUAACGGAAUUGAAAAAAAAAGAAGACAGCCCAGUCAAAUGCGAGGACCAAAAAAAAAAAAAAAAAAAGACAAAAUAAAAAUAAAAAUGUAAUGGGUUAUCUCCUUUUCUAUCGUUGCCUUUGCCCAAGUUUUUUUUUUUUUUUUCGACAAGUUCUUUCCCUCUUUCCCCCCUUUUCCCAUGGAAUUCCUGUUACGGAAGAUGUGGCACUGGGCUGAACAAAUAACUGGAAGAAAACGAAAUCCGCCGGGUUCAUCUUUUUUUUUUUCAUCUUCUCCGAUUUAGUUUUUCACCUGGAAAGACACCAAACAAAAAACAAACAGCGUGUUUUUUCCACUCCUCCCUCACCAUCCCCUUCACGGUUCAUUUGAUGUUUCUUCUUGAAAUGAAAAACACAAUAAAGAAUUAAUAAAGAAGAACGUUAUAUCUUAUCUUGUGUGUGUAUCUACGGGAGAAUUGGGUCUUUCGCUUCUUUAUUCGAUGUUGGCUUCAUUUAUUAUUAUUUUUCUCCCACUUCUUUAUUUUCACACAAAUUUUUGCAUACAUUCCGACUACUCCUUUUUUUUCUCUCUCUCCCUUUACACCUGUUCUCCCGAAAAAACUCCCCGAGAUGCAUGUUCAAGUGCUCAGUUAAUUGUAUUAUUUUUUUCACCCCCUGACCCUCUCCCCCCCACCCCAUCCGUACCCCUUUUGUGUUAAUACAUCAUUACUACAUCUCUUA